AACAUCAUGUAUUCUGUCCGUGUAGCUGUUUUUAAAUGUGUUUCUUGUUCUACAUUGGCGUAUUCAGUAUCGUGCGCCAUCUAGUGGCCUCAAUGAAGAACUACACCCGCAGAGUCAAGUUAGAUACACGUAGCGAAGAGAUACUUCCGUUAAACCCUUUCAAAAUAAACCUUGUAUUAAAACGGAGGGAUAUUCCAUCCUGUUCAUACUGUGACUGUAAUCUAUGGUCAGUUUGAUGAAUAAAAUGACAAAGCAUUGUAAUAGAUGAUUCCCUCCUCGCCUCCUUAGCUUUUAGUUAAACUCUGCUGGGCUCGUCAUCAACCGGAACCGGAACACGUAACAUUUUUCAUCACUGGGCGCCAUCUAGUGGACAACCCGAAAGCUACAACAACAUAAGGGGGGGAAACAUGAUGGGAGUAUGACGGCUGCCACACGGCUGAUAUCAAGGUUGACGCUGGUCACUGGAGGAGGCAGUGGGAUCGGACGGGCGGUAUGUCAGCGUUUGGCCUCUGAGGGCGCCUCCGUGGUGGUGGCAGACAUCAGCGAGGAGUCUGCCAACGAGACCAUGGUGGGUCUGCAGAAUGACCUCAGAGGACAGGGUCACAUGGCGGCUGUGGUGGAUGUGUCAUCAAAAGAGAGCGUGAAGAAGCUGGUCACCAGAAUACAGCCUCCCUCAGUGUGUGUGAACGCAGCAGGCAUCACGCAGGACCACUUCCUGCUCAACAUGGAGGAGGAUCACUUUGACAGAGUCAUCCAGGUCAACCUGAAGGGCUCCUUCUUGAUCACUCAGGCUGUGGCUCAGGCUCUGGUGGCCUGUGGAGCACCCAAAGGAUCCAUCAUCACCGUGGGCAGCAUCGUAGGAAAGGUGGGAAACCUCGGUCAGGUAAAUUACGCUGCCUCUAAAGCUGGAGUGGAGGGUUUAACGAAGACGGCGGCCAAAGAGCUCAGCAGGUUUGGGAUUCGGUGUAAUUGUGUUCUGCCCGGUUUUAUAUCGACUCCGAUGACUGAGAAAGUUCCUGAGAAGGUUAUUGACAAGAUGAAGUCUUUGGUGCCUCUGGGAAGAAUGGGUGAGCCUGAAGAGGUGGCAGACGUCUGUGUCUUUCUAUCUUCAGAUGACUCUCGGUACAUCACAGGAUCCAGUAUUGAAGUCACAGGAGGACUUUUCAUUGGCUGAAUCGUUCGUCUGAAACCCUGAUGAAGACCAACGGGGGGGCAGCUCCUUCAUAGUUAUAUCACUUGUUCAUAUAUUUCUUUGAUUUACAUCUUAGAAAUCUGAAUGUGAACAUGUUUUAUGAAAACUUGUUUAGUGCCAAUAAACCUGUUUAUAACAUUUCUUAAAA